UGUAGUCAUUUAAAACUUGUCCGUGGAAUGAGACGUCUGCGCUCUAUGGAUAUGGAUACAAAGUGUAUUUUUCCACUUUAAAAUGUCACCAUGAAGGAUAAAAGAAAAACGAAUUGUUGGGAGAGCGAGUUAAUUUUUUUCUGUAGGUGUUUCGAUGAAGUUUAAUGGGAUUUGUUGGAGUUUUACACCAUGGAAUUAUCGAGGUAUUGGAUCUGGGUUUGUGUAUUAUUCAAUGUGCGGUUGCUUGGAUGUUUCGAGCUGCACCUUUCGGAAACUUUACAACCUGGGGCCGUUUUGGCAAAUUUAUCGCUGGGGUCGGAUUGGACUUAUAAAAUCGACAGGACUUUAACUCCUAAAUACAUUCAGAACUUUUUACAAGUAGAAUGGCAAGAAGGGGUUCUCCUUCUGUCCCGAAAAGUGGAUUGUGCGCGUUUAAUGAAGAACCCGGUGCCUGUCUAUAUCAGGACAGGCUCUUUGACAUCUGAAAACUUUGUUUUGACACAUUUCAAUAUAUUUGUGCAUGGACAAGACUGUUUUAUCAAAUACAAAAGAAAGAGUACAAUAGGUAAGCCCGACAUUCACAUCGUUAACCUUUCCAAACUGGAAGCAACUUCCUGCUUAUCCGCAGGUAAUAUGCUCUUGAAUGUAACAGAAUGGUUGCCUGCUUUUACUCGGAAUACCACUUUAUCUUCCUUAUCAUGUACUACUGGGGAAGGCUUAAAAGUAGUUUGUAAACACGGGAAUGUAUUGUUGGAAAAUGAUUACUGUGUGAGGCGCGGGGAACGGAGCGAGUUGAAUUUGCAUUGUGCACUGCAUUCUCUGAGUGACGGGAGCGUCCGCGUCUCUGCGUGCGUAAGGUUGCGCUUGGCGACAGUGGACGGAGAGGGGCAUAAGCCAAUAUCGUCACCCAGUGUUCAGAUUUUGCCUUACAAAUGGAAUCACCGAAAACGUAGAAAUGUGAACACACCUCCCCAAUUUCAACUCCCUAACUACCAGGUCUCUGUCCCUGAAAAUGAACCAGCAGGUACUCGUGUCAUCACACUUAAGGCCACCGAUCCGGAUGAUGGAGAGGCUGGUAGAAUAGAGUAUGGAAUGGAGGCUCUCUUUGACAGCAGAUCAAACGACUUUUUCCUUAUAAACCCUCAGACAGGGGCUAUAACCACCGUGCAGCCUUUAGACAGGGAGGUCAAAGACACGCAUGUCUUCAAAGUUAUGGUAACUGACAAUGGUUCCCCACAACGCUCAGCCACGUCUUACCUCACAGUUACUGUCAGUGACACCAAUGACCAUGGGCCUGUGUUUGAGCAGACGGAAUACCGGGUAAGCAUACGAGAGAACGUAGAGGUGGGCUUUGAGGUCAUGACCAUCAGGGCAACAGACGGAGACGCGCCCUCCAACGCGAAUAUGAUCUACAAGAUCGUAAAUGGCGACGGAGUCAACGCAGGUUUCGAGAUCGACCCUCGUAAUGGGCUGGUGAGGAUCAGAGAGAGACCCGACAGAGAGACAAUGUCGCAAUAUCAGCUUAUCGUGGAAGCCAACGACCAGGGGAAGGACCCAGGGCCACGGAGCGCCACUGCCACUGUCAAUAUCUCAGUAGAGGACGAGAACGACAACUACCCCCAGUUCAGUGAGAAACGAUACGUGGUCCAGGUUCCAGAGAACGUGGCGGUCAACACCAAAGUCAUCCAAGUGGAGGCCACGGACAAGGACGAGGGAAACAACGCUAAGGUCCACUACAGCAUCAUCAGUGGGAAUGUGAAGGGACAGUUCUACAUCCACUCCCCCACUGGGGUCAUCGACGUCAUCAAUCCCCUGGACUAUGAAAUGAUUAGGGAGUAUAAUUUGAGAAUUAAAGCCCAAGAUGGAGGCCGGCCUCCUCUGAUCAAUGGGACAGGGAUGGUGGUGAUACAGGUGGUUGACGUCAACGACAACGCUCCGAUGUUCGUCAGCACGCCGUUCCAGGCCACGGUGCUGGAGAACGUGGCCAUCGGCUACUCCGUGAUCCAUAUACAGGCUAUAGACGCCGACUCCGGGGACAACGCACGGCUGGAGUAUCAUCUCACCGACACCUCCCCAGGUUUUCCCUUCACCGUCAACAACAGCACCGGGUGGAUCACAGUCGCUGCGGAGCUCGACAGGGAAACCACAGAGUUCUACACCUUCGGCGUAGAAGCCAGGGAUUGUGGGAUUCCUGUGAUGUCAUCUUCGGCUAGCGUGAGCAUCACAGUCCUGGAUGUGAACGAUAACAUCCCAACCUUCACGGAGAAGGUGUAUUCUCUGAAGAUUAAUGAGGACGCUGUGGUAGGGACCAGUGUGUUGACGGUGACAGCAGUCGACAGGGAUGUCAACAGUGUUGUAACCUAUCAGAUCUCUAGCGGAAACACCCGGAACCGCUUCGCCAUCACCAGUCAGAGUGGAGGCGGGCUCAUCACCCUGGCGCUACCUCUAGACUACAAACAGGAGCGCCAAUACGUCCUGACGGUGACGGCCUCGGACGGCACGCGGUACGACACGACACAGGUAUUCAUCAAUGUCACGGACGCCAACACACACCGUCCCGUGUUCCAGAGCGCCAACUACCAGGUGAUGAUUAGUGAGGACCGGCCCGUGGGCUCCACCGUGGUCAUCAUCAGCGCCACGGACGAGGACACGGGUGAGAACGCUCGCAUUACCUACAUCAUGGAAGACAACGUGCCCCAGUUUAAGAUCGACCCCGACACGGGCGCCAUCACUACACAGAUGGAGAUUGACUACGAGGACCAUGCGUCGUACACGCUGGCCAUCAUCGCCAGGGACAACGGCAUUCCUCAGAAGUCUGACACCACCUAUGUGGAGAUUAUUAUCCUGGAUGCCAACGACAACACGCCGCAGUUCCUGCGGGACAUGUACCAGGGGACCGUGUUUGAGGACGCACCCAUCUACACCAGUGUGCUCCAGAUAUCCGCCUCGGACAGAGACUCCGGGACCAACGGCAGGCUCAGCUACACCUUCCAGGGUGGAGAUGAUGGAGAUGGGGACUUCUUCAUCGAGCCCUACUCUGGGAUCAUCAGAACAGCCAGGAAGCUGGACCGAGAGAAUGUCCCUGUCUAUACCUUGAAGGCCUUCGCUGUGGAUAAAGGGAUUCCCCCUCUGAAAGCAGCAGUUGACAUCCAGGUGUCUGUACUGGAUAUUAAUGACAAUGCCCCAGUGUUUGAGAAGGACGAGCUGUUCAUCCUUGUCGAGGAGAACAGUCCUGUCGGUUCAAUCGUGGCUCGGAUCAGCGCCACCGACCCGGACGAGGGAACCAACGCCCAGAUCAUGUACCAGAUUGUCGAGGGCAAUGUCCCUGAGGUCUUCCAGCUGGACAUCUUCAACGGCGACCUUACGGCCCUCACGGAUCUCGACUAUGAAUCCCGAACCGAGUAUGUAAUUGUGGUCCAGGCCACUUCGGCUCCGCUCGUCAGCCGGGCCACGGUCCACAUCCGCUUGGUCGACGUCAAUGACAACGACCCGGUUCUGCAGAACUUUGAGAUUAUUUUCAACAACUACGUGACCAACAAGUCCAAUAGUUUCCCCUCGGGGGUCAUAGGAAAGGUUCCAGCCCAUGACCCAGAUGUAUCGGAUAAACUCCACUACAGUUUUGAGACGGGGAAUGAGUUGAACCUGCUGGUGCUGAAUGCAGACACUGGGGAACUGAAGCUCAGCCGAGAUUUGGAUAACAACAGAGCGCUGGAGGCACCCAUGACUGUCUCAGUAUCAGACGGUCUCCACCGGGUCACAGCGCUCUGCACCCUGCGAGUCACCAUAAUCACAGACGACAUGCUGACCAACAGCAUCACUGUGCGUCUGGAGAACAUGUCCCAGGAGCGCUUCCUGUCUCCGCUGCUGUCCCUGUUCCUCGAGGGCGUGGCCGCCGUUCUCUCCACCAGCCGCCAGGCCGUCUUCGUCUUCAACAUCCAGAACGACACAGACGUACGUGGCGCCAUCCUGAACGUGACCUUCUCCGCCCUUCAGCCGGGGGGAACCCCUGGGAGGUACUUCCCGUCCGAGGAGCUGCAAGAGCAGAUCUAUCUGAACCGUACGCUGCUCCGCCUAAUAUCGUCGCAGCAGGUGCUUCCCUUUGAUGACAACAUCUGCCUCAGGGAGCCAUGUGAGAACUACAUGAAGUGUGUGUCCGUGCUGAAGUUCGACAGCUCCCCUCCCUUCAUCUCCUCGGACACUGUCCUCUUUCGGCCCAUCCACCCCAUCAAUGGUCUGCGGUGCCGCUGUCCCGCGGGCUUCACCGGGGACUACUGUGAGACAGAGAUAGACCUGUGCUACUCAGGACCCUGCAAGAACAACGGGAAGUGUCGGAGCCGAGAGGGGGGCUACACCUGUGAGUGUCCGGAAGACUUCACUGGCGAGCACUGUGAGGUGAAUGCCAGGUCGGGCCGCUGUGUGCCCGGUGUGUGUAAAAACGGGGGGAAGUGUGUGGACCUCCUGGUGGGGGGGUUCAUGUGCCAGUGUCCCCCCGGGGAGUACGAGAAGCCCUAUUGUGAGAUGACCACCAGGUCCUUCCCCGGUCAGUCCUUCAUCACCUUCAGAGGACUGAGGCAGAGGUUCCACUUCACCGUCUCCUUUAUGUUUGCCACCAGAGAGAGGAAUGCCCUGUUGCUGUACAAUGGCAGAUUUAACGAGAAACAUGACUUUAUCGCUUUGGAGAUUAUUGAGGAACAGGUCCACCUCACCUUCUCUGCAGGAGAGGCUAAGACAGUGGUCCAUCCCUUCGUUCCUGGAGGGGUCAGCGAUGGCCAGUGGCACUCUGUCCAGCUGCACUACUACAACAAGGACAGCCUGAACCUGCUGGGGUCAAGCGGGGGGCUGGGGGUCCCUCUUUAUACUGCCUGGCUGGAGCUGACACACAAGGAGCCCAACAUCGGUCAUCUGGGAAUCCCCCACGGACCUUCGGGAGAGAAGGUGGCUGUGGUUGCUGUGGACGACUGCGACAUCGCCAUGGCAGUUCGCUUUGGCAACCAGAUCGGCAACUAUUCCUGUGCCGCCCAGGGUACCCAGACUGGCCAGAAGAAAUCACUGGACCUGACGGGGCCACUGCUGCUGGGUGGGGUUCCCAACCUGCCUGAGGACUUCCCAGUGAGGAACAGGGAUUUUGUGGGCUGCAUGAGGAACCUGAGCAUCGACAGCAAACCCACUGACAUGGCCAGCUUCAUCGCUAACAACGGAACCACGGCCGGCUGCCCUGCCAAGAGGAACUUCUGCACCAGAGAUGUGUGUCAGAACGGAGGAGUAUGUAUCAACAGGUGGAAUACCUACAGCUGUGAUUGUCCUCUGGGCUACGGAGGCAAGAACUGUGACCAAGUCAUGCCGUCCCCGCAGCACUUCGACGGCCAGGCCCUGGUGUCGUGGAGCGACCCUGACGUCACCAUCGCCGUGCCCUGGUACAUGGGGCUGAUGUUCCGGACGAGGCAGGCCACCGGCACUCUGAUGCAGGCUAACGCCGGAGACUUCUCCACUGUCAACCUCCUGAUAAGUGGUCAGUACGUGAGGUUUGAGGUGUUUCUGGGCUCCAGGCAGGUUGCGGUUCUUGGCUUCCCUCAGGUCCGUGUGAACGAUGGAGAGUGGCACCAUGUUCUGGUGGAGCUGAAGAGCUUCAAAGACAGCAAGGACAUCAAGUACCUGGCCCUGGUUUCACUGGACUAUGGCAUGUUCCAGGGGACGGUGGAGAUUGGGAAUGAGCUGCCUGGGCUGAGGCUGAGGGCCCUGUAUCUAGGUGGUCUUCCUGGUGAGGGGAACCGUGUCCACGAUGGCUUCACCGGUUGUAUACAGGGUGUUCGUAUGGGGGAGACGUCCAACAAUGUGGCCAACGUCAACAUGCUGCAGGGCUUGAAGAUCCGUGUCGAGGAGGGCUGUGACCUGGCUGACCCCUGUGACUCCAACAUCUGCCCCGAGAACAGCCACUGCAGCGACGACUGGAGCGCACACACCUGUGUCUGCGACCCAGGGCACUUUGGAAGGGAGUGUGUCGACGCGUGUCACCUCAACCCCUGCGAGCACGCGUCCGCCUGCGUCCGCAAACCCAGCUCCUCCCACGGCUACACCUGCGAGUGUGGACAGAACUACUACGGGCAGUACUGUGAGAGCAGGGUGGAGAAGCCGUGUCCUCGCGGGUGGUGGGGGAACCCCAUGUGUGGCCCCUGCAACUGUGACGUCACCAGAGGGUUCAACCCUGACUGUAACAAGACCAGCGGAGAGUGCCGCUGCAAGGAUAACUACUACCGGCCUGCGAGUGAGGACACGUGUUACCCCUGCGAGUGCUUCGCUCUCGGAGCCCACUCACGCACCUGUGACCCCCACACCGGUCAGUGCCCCUGCAAGGCUGGGGUCAUCGGACGCCAAUGCAACCGCUGCGACAACCCCUUCGCUGAGGUCACCGCCACCGGCUGUGAGGUGGUGUAUGAGGGCUGUCCCAAAGCCUUCGACCAAGGGAUCUGGUGGCCCAAGACCAAGUUCGGCCGUCCAGCGGCCAUGAACUGUCCCAAAGGAUCUGUCGGAACCGCUAUCCGCCACUGUAAUGAUGAGAAGGGCUGGCUGCCACCUGAACUAUUCAACUGCACCACGGUCUCCUUCUCCCAGCUCAACAAAAUGAAUGAGGAGAUGCAUCGUAACCAGUCCAGGAUGGAUGGGGAGCGCUCCAAAGCCAUCGUCCGCCUGCUCCACAACGCCACCAACCAAACGGACAGUUACUACGGCAACGACGUGAAGACGGCGUUCCAGCUGCUGACCAGGGUCCUCCAGUACGAGAGCCAGCAGACGGGCUUCGACCUCGCCGCCACAAGGGACGCAGAGUUCAACGAGAACCUUGUGAGAGCGGGCAGUGCCAUCCUCGACCCCGGCACCAAAGACCACUGGGAGCACAUCCAGCGCACCGACGGGGGCACCGCCCUCCUGCUGCGUCACUUUGAGGACUACGCCAACACGCUGGCACAGAACAUGAGGAAGACCUACCUCAAGCCCUUCACUAUCGUCACGGAGAACAUGAUCAUUGUUCUUGAUUAUCUGGACUCGUCCGUCCCUGAGCCGGCCUCGUUCCCUCGCUUCCAUGAGAUCCUGGAGUACUACCCCAAAGAGCUCACGUCCUCUGUCCACUUCCCUCAUUUCAACACGAGAUCGCCGGUCCCCAACAAAGCUGAGCCAGACCCGAGCGCAGAGCCAUCUCAGACCCAGUCCCCGAAAGAGGAAGAUCACACCCUGUCAAAUAAAAGACGGCGCCACGUCGAGUCCGCCCCUCCGCUUGUUGCCGUGGUAACGGUGUUUAGGUCAUUGGGUCAGCUCCUCCCUGAGAGAUAUGACCCAGACCGUCGGAGCCUCAGGCUGCCCAACCGUCCAGUGAUCAACACCCCCAUAGUAAGCACGGUGGUGUACAGCGAAGCCUCCCCCCUCCUCUCCCCCCUGGACCCGCCCAUCACCCUGGAGUACACCCUGCUGGAGACGGAGGAGAGGACCAAACCUGUGUGUGUUUUCUGGAAUCACUCCAUCACGGUUGGAGGUACUGGAGGCUGGUCUUCUAAGGGCUGCGAGCUGCUAGACAGAAACAACACCCACAUCAGCUGUCAGUGUAAUCACAUGACCAGCUUCGCUGUUCUCAUGGACAUCUCCAAGAGAGAGCAUGGUGACGUGUUGCCCCUGAAGAUUGUGACGUACACCACAGUGUCGGCCUCCCUUGUAGCCCUGCUGCUCACCUUCAUCCUGCUGGCUCUGCUCCGGAAGCUCCACUCCAACCUCCACAGCAUCCACAGGAACCUGGUGGCGGCCCUCUUCUUCUCGGAGCUCGUCUUCCUCAUCGGCAUCAAUCAGACGGACAACCCGUUUGUCUGCACGGUUAUUGCCAUCCUGCUCCACUACUUCUACAUGUGCACCUUCGCCUGGAUGUUUGUGGAGGGCCUUCACAUCUACCGCAUGUUGACCGAGGUCAGGAACAUCAACCACGGUCACAUGAGGUUCUACUAUGCCAUGGGCUGGGGUAUACCUGCAAUCAUCACAGGUCUCGCUGUGGGUCUGGAUCCUCAAGGCUAUGGGAACCCAGACUUCUGCUGGCUGUCCGUCCACGAUACCCUCAUCUGGAGCUUCGCGGGUCCCAUCUCUGUAGUUGUCCUGGUCAACAUCGUCAUCUUUAUACUGGCAGCUAAGGCCUCCUGUGGACGGAAACAGAGGUCCUUUGAGAAGUCUGGAGCCAUUCCCGCCCUAAGGAUGGCCUUCCUGCUCCUCCUACUCAUCAGUGCCACCUGGCUACUGGGCCUUAUGGCCGUCAACAGCGAUGUCAUGACCUUCCACUACCUGUUUGCCAUCUUCAGCUGUCUGCAGGGUAUCUUCAUCUUCUUCUUUCAUGUGAUCUUUAAUAAAGAAGUCAGGAAGAAUCUGAAGAAUGUCUUUACUGGGAAAAAGGCUUUAGCGGAUGAAUCCAGCACUACCCGAGCGACUCUACUUACUCGGUCUCUGAACUGUAACAACACGUACACUGAGGACGGCCCUCUGUACAGGUCAGCCAUCGGGGAGUCCACUGUUUCCCUCCAGAGCACCGUCAGGUCAGCCAAGAGUCACAGCAGCUACCGUGCAGCUUACACACUAAGGGGGGACUCGGGUCAGAAGCCCAGUGUGUCGUCUGGGACAGCCAAGGCAGCACAUAUCAACAUGGACGGAUCUCUGUUCCACAGGAACGGCACUAAGGAGGGAGACGAUUCGGACUCGGACAGUGAGUUGUCUGUGGACGAGCACAGCUCAUCCUUUGCGUCGUCUCAGUCGUCCGACAGUGAGGACGAUGACUUGGACAUCAAGCCCAAGUGGAACAACGAGAGGCAGCCUCAACACAGUACCCCGAAAGGGCCCGGCACAGCACCCAAAGUGGAUGCGGUGUCCAAUCACGUUAAACCUUACUGGCCCACGGAGGCGACGACAGCCAGUGACAGCGAGGACCCUGGGGGGGCGGAGCGGCUGAGGGUGGAGACCAAGGUGAACGUGGAGCUGCACCAGGAGAACAAACUCAACCACAUCGGAGAGACGCCCCAGGACGCGGAGACCCCCACCAGGGAGAACGGACCUCCCAGCAUACCCUCUAACGGGCCCUCUAAUGGACCCCCAAGCCUGACCAACAGCAACCAACAGCUGGAGCCCAAGAAGGGCAUCCUGAAGAACAAGAUCACCUACCCCCCCCCUCUGACCGACAAGAACAUGAAGAACCGUCUGAGAGAGAAGCUGAGUGACUACAACCCCCCCACCAUUUCCUCCUCCAUCCCUCCCCCCAUCAUCCCUCCAUCCAAGACCCCCUCGGUGGCGUCCAAUGACGGCGUUCGCCCGGUGUCCGUGGGCAACAGCCUCAUCAAGCCUCUGAUCGCCCCUCGACCGCAGCAACCAGUCCGGGAGAAUGGAGGCGUGGCCAUGAAGACGAUGACGCUCAACGGCGGCAACGAGUCCGACUCAGAUGGCAGUAAUGAAACUUCAAUUUGACUCAGCAGGAAAACCAGAGUCUCUCUGCCCUAAUGAGAGGAGGAGAGGACUUCUCCAUGGACUAGAGGAGAUUAGUGAAGAGGAGUAGAGGGGAUGAUGGGAGGAGAACAGUAAAGUAGAGAAGAGUAGAGGAAGUAGGGGUGAGGAGAAGAAAAGAGGAGGACGCGUGCCCCUGGACAAUGGAGGAAUGACCCAUCGAGCCUCACCUCUCACCCUUGACCUCUCACUCUUCUCAGCUCCUAAGGAGAGCAGUAUUACUACAGGGCCAAGCCUGCCAGUCAAAAAGACAAUAAAAGGGAACGUAUGUUUGGGACAAAACUGACUAGAGGAGGGCCCCUACCUGCUGGACCUAGGGAAUCUUCUGUGCCAAACCACUGGACGAUGAGGUGAAGAAAGACUAGAAUGAUCCCCAAAAUGCACUGCAGGCUCAGGAGGAGUGGCUGCUGUUGGAUCAGACACUUCUAAGAGCCUUUGGACUGAUACGGUUGUGGGCGCAUGGAUGCAUGACCACUGUGUCCCAGAACGGUCAGAUAGUUGCUGUCCAGAGAAAGACUUCAAGGACUAAAAAUCUUGUGGAGUUCUACAGGAAGAUCAGAAGAAACCAAGACUCACCAAGUGCCCUGUUUCUUCAAGCUAUGCGUACGGACAGCCUUUCACCCAAUACUUUUAAAGUGUAAUUAACGUGUAGAUAUUGAAACAAAAGAAAUGCUAUAUUUUGUAUUGGAACUGUGUCAUCAUUAAUUAGAAACAAAAGUUCAUGUUUGUAGAUUUUAAGAAAAUUGCAUUUGUAUAAAAAAAAAAAAACUUCCAGGAAUCCUUCCUGACUGUGGAGAAAUGAAGAGCUGUAAUAGGACGCGUUCUUCUGUGGCUUGACCAGUAAACCUGUGCCUUUUCACUGUGCAAACCCCUCCCAUCUGCACUCCAGGCAGGCCCAAUAAAAGUAUUUAACAGAACACAUUUGUACACGUCUGGUAGUACAGAUAGACAAGGUAAAAAGCCUUGUGAUUAUUGUUUGACUAGUACCCUAAAGGUUUCCUAGUCAGAAAUCCCAGAGCCAACAUGUUGUGCCCUUGAGCAAGGCACUUAACACUAAUUGCUCCUGUAAGUCCCUCUGCAUAAGAGUGUCUGCUAAAUAACUAAAUGUCAUGUAAAUAGAUGGUAUGCGGGCCUCUAAUAUCAAAUGAACCACUACACAAGUAAUGCCUUUAUACCACUUCCUGUCAUGUGAUCAGCACUGUUCAAAAUGCCCUUUUUUGUAUGAUCAAAGACACUGGACUUGUUUCAUGUUACAUAUGUAUAUUUAUUUUUAUGGUUUCAAGACACUGGAAAAAAAACAAUGAUUGUAACUGUAAAAUUAAAGAUGACACGUUGAAUUUUUAAAUGCCUUGUCUGGAUCUUGACUUCAGGCAUCCCCCCAGGUCAGCCACUGG